UUUAUUCCUUCCCUUUGUUCACUUGCUCUCUCUCUCCCUCUCUCAACAAUUCACAGCAACAACAAAAAUAAAAAAAAAAAGCUACGAUUUUUGUUUCCCUCUUGGCUUUGUAGUUAUCUGUUUGGGGUCAUCCAUAUUUUGCUCCGGGAUCUCAUUUUCCGGUUUCGAAUAGAGACAAAAGCUUAAAGCUUCCUCCGGUUUUGUCUUCUGGGUACUCCCAAUCUUCUCUUUAAAGCUUCAAUCUUUUGUCUUAAUGGAACAGCAAUAAAAAAAAAAUCUUCUGGGUUUUUGUUUCUUGGUCUCUUCACUGGUUUCUUGUCUCUCUCUUGAGAGAAGAACUAUAGGCCCUGUGUCUGUGUAUGUGCAGGUUGGAUAAAGACAAGAAGAGAUCAGUUUUUUGUUUCAUUCAUUCCUUUUGUAGUGGAAACCGGAAGAGAGAAGAAAGAAUGCCGAUUAGGCCAAUGAAAGAAACCUCAGAGACUCAUUUACUCAUCAAACCCAAGCAUCUCCCCAAAGCCGUGCAAAACGCUAAAGCCCCUCCUACUCCGAGCCAAGCUUCUUCACCUUCUCCUCCGUCCAAGAACCGUAGCCGGAGGAGAAACCGCGGUGGUCGAAAAUCAGACCAAGGAGAUGUCUGUAUGAGGCCUAGCUCCCGUCCUCGCAAACCGCCGCCUCAGAACGCUGCUCCCGUCGCCGCCGUCUCCGGCACCGAGAUAGUCGCCGUGAACCAUCAGAUGCAAAUGGGUGUUCGUGGGUCGAGUAAAAACUCAAACUUUGCGCCGAGACCUGGGUUCGGACAGCUUGGAACUAAAUGCAUCGUCAAAGCUAACCAUUUCCUCGCUGACUUACCGACCAAAGAUCUGAGUCACUACGAUGUUACAAUAACUCCUGAAGUGUCAUCAAAAAGUGUGAACAGAGCCAUCAUUGCUGAGUUAGUGAGACUAUACAAAGAGUCUGAACUCGGGUCGAGACUUCCUGCUUACGACGGCCGGAAAAGUCUUUACACCGCCGGAGAGCUUCCUUUCACUUGGAAAGAGUUCGCUGUUAAGAUCUUCGAUGAAGACGAUGGUAUCAUCAAUGGCCCUAGAAGGGAGAGAUCGUAUAAGGUGGCUAUCAAGUUUGUGGCACGGGCCAAUAUGCAUCACUUAGGCGAGUUCCUAGCUGGUAAACGCGCGGAUGGACCGCAAGAGGCGUUGCAGAUUCUCGACAUUGUACUCAGGGAGCUGUCUGUUAAGAGGUUCUGUCCUGUCGGAAGAUCGUUCUUCUCGCCUGAUAUUAGAACACCGCAGCGACUUGGUGAAGGGUUACAGUCAUGGUGUGGGUUUUACCAGAGUAUUCGACCUACACAAAUGGGUUUAUCUCUUAACAUCGACAUGGCUUCAGCUGCUUUUAUCGAGCCUCUUCCUGUGAUAGAGUUUGUAGCACAGCUUCUCGGGAAAGAUGUCUUGUCAAAGCCAUUAUCUGACUCUGAUCGUAUUAAGAUCAAAAAGGGUCUCAGGGGAGUGAAAGUAGAGGUCACUCAUAGAGCAAACGUGAGAAGGAAAUACCGUGUUGCGGGUUUAACGACUCAACCGACAAGGGAGCUCAUGUUUCCAGUUGAUGAGAACGCUACGAUGAAGUCGGUUAUUGAGUAUUUUCAAGAGAUGUAUGGGUUCACGAUCCAGCACACGCAUUUGCCGUGUCUUCAAGUGGGAAACCAGAAGAAGGCGAGCUAUUUGCCAAUGGAGGCAUGCAAAAUCGUGGAGGGACAACGGUACACAAAAAGGUUGAACGAGAAGCAGAUUACUGCUCUUUUGAAAGUUACAUGCCAGAGGCCAAGGGACAGAGAAAACGACAUUUUAAAGACGGUGCAACACAACGCGUAUGAUCAAGAUCCAUAUGCUAAGGAGUUUGGUAUGAAUAUAAGCGAAAAGCUAGCUUCUGUUGAAGCUAGGAUCCUUCCAGCUCCAUGGCUUAAGUAUCAUGAGAAUGGGAAAGAAAAGGAUUGCCUUCCGCAAGUGGGUCAAUGGAAUAUGAUGAAUAAGAAGAUGAUCAAUGGGAUGACGGUGAGCAGAUGGGCCUGUGUUAACUUCUCACGCAGUGUUCAAGAAAAUGUUGCUCGUGGGUUUUGUAAUGAGCUUGGUCAGAUGUGUGAAGUCUCUGGCAUGGAGUUUAAUCCGGAGCCUGUGAUACCAAUAUACAGCGCGAGGCCUGAUCAAGUUGAGAAAGCUCUAAAGCAUGUUUAUCACACUGCUAUGAACAAAACCAAAGGCAAAGAGUUAGAGCUUCUCUUGGCCAUUUUACCUGAUAACAACGGUUCACUCUACGGGGAUCUUAAGAGAAUCUGUGAAACCGAGCUUGGUUUGAUAUCUCAGUGUUGUCUCACAAAACAUGUGUUCAAGAUUAGCAAACAGUAUCUGGCUAAUGUAUCCCUUAAAAUCAAUGUUAAGAUGGGAGGAAGGAACACAGUUCUGUUAGAUGCCAUAAGCUGUAGGAUUCCACUGGUUAGCGACAUACCGACAAUUAUAUUUGGCGCAGACGUGACUCACCCAGAGAACGGGGAAGAGUCAAGCCCUUCAAUCGCUGCUGUUGUUGCUUCGCAAGACUGGCCUGAAGUGACAAAGUAUGCUGGUUUGGUUUGUGCACAAGCUCACAGGCAAGAACUUAUACAAGAUUUGUAUAAAACAUGGCAGGAUCCUGUACGUGGCACUGUUAGUGGCGGCAUGAUCAGGGACCUUCUGAUCUCAUUCAGGAAAGCAACAGGGCAGAAACCGCUUCGAAUCAUCUUUUACCGGUCGGUUUCUCAUUUACUCAUUUUAGUAAUAGAAAACUCGCAACGUGUUCUCUCAUUGGUAUUUUGCUUUUGCAGUGAUGGAGUAAGUGAAGGACAAUUCUACCAAGUUUUACUCUACGAGUUGGAUGCAAUUCGUAAGGCAUGUGCGUCGCUUGAACCGAAUUAUCAGCCACCUGUGACAUUCAUCGUGGUACAGAAGAGGCACCACACCCGUUUGUUUGCUAAUAAUCACCGAGACAAAAGCAGUACUGACCGAAGCGGAAACAUCUUACCUGGUACGGUAGUUGACACUAAGAUAUGUCAUCCAACUGAAUUCGACUUCUACCUUUGUAGCCACGCUGGUAUACAGGGAACAAGCAGGCCUGCUCAUUACCAUGUUCUUUGGGAUGAGAACAAUUUCACAGCGGAUGGUAUUCAAUCUCUGACUAAUAAUCUCUGUUAUACCUAUGCUCGAUGCACUCGAUCGGUCUCUGUAGUUCCUCCGGCGUAUUAUGCACAUCUUGCAGCAUUCCGAGCACGUUUCUACAUGGAACCGGAGAUCAUGCAAGAUAACGGAUCGCCGGGUAAAAAGAAUACGAAGACAACAACUGUAGGAGAUCAUGGUGUUGUUGGUGGCGGUGUGAAGCCGUUACCUGCUUUGAAGGAGAAUGUGAAGAGAGUCAUGUUUUACUGCUAAAUGAAAGACAAGUAGUUUCGUUUGUUAUGUUCCUAUCCUAGUUCUGCUUUAGGUCUGCUGCUAAUGUUUGUAAAUAAGUUGGUUCGGCUUAGGGUUCCUUAUUUCUAGAGUUGUGUGUUUUAGCUCAGGUUUCGAUGAUAACGUUUAAUGCAUUAUGUUUUUUCUUAA